AUGGAAGACUUUGCUAGUGCUGGUGCUAACCAGGUCGGCGAUCCUCAACUCCAACGAAUAAUUGAAAUGGAAACUCAAAAAGCACGUUUCCAAGCCUUAGUCCAUAAUUUAACCGAUGUCUGCUGGGAGAAAUGCAUCGACCGACCUGCUGCAAAGCUUGACUCACGCUCAGAGUCUUGUAUCGUCAACUGUGUCGAACGUUUUAUUGAUACCAGCAACUUUGUUGUAAAUCGCCUUAGUGAUAUUAGCAAGAGAUCGUCGCCUAUUAAUUAG